CGGGGUGCUGUGCGUAAAAGUGUGAAUAACGACGGAGAGAGAAAAUGCGUGAGGUGUGUAGCCCCUUGUGUGUUUCGUGAAGGUAUAGACAUUACACGGGGAGCUGUCCGGCACUCUAUAUAGGCGUGAUAGAUUAUGGCGGAGGGAAUGGAUCUGACUCCAGACACCACGUGUUGGAGUCGCAUCAGCGCAAUAAUUGCUGGGCGCCCGAGCUAUAUAAACCACAAAAAGCCUGAGCACGGGAAACCCCGGCCUCCAAACACUAACCACAUUUACGGCUACAAAAACGGGAUUCGUUUUUCCGCCUCCCUUCAUCUCGCCGGCGAUGAUUUUCUUUUUUUUUUUUCUUCUUCCCGACUUCAUCAACCUUUUUUUUUUUAACCCUAUACAAAAACCUGCGUCUCGGCCGGAAGACUUUCCACUAAAAUACGCACAAUUUGCAGGCGUCGUGGGAUUAUAAAUCGCCCUGUUAAGUAUUGUUAAAGCUUAUUCCUUUGACUUUGAAAACUUUUUUGUGUGUACAUAGCCUGCGGGCUUCCAGAGAGCCUUUUCAGUUUGGCACAAAGACUUCAAUGACGCACCUGGAGCAGCGCUUUUGACUUCUCACUAAAGGAAGACAGACAAAACCUUUUUUGAGCAUCUGGGUCGACUGUUCCAUUUCAGACCUGCUUUCUGUAAUUGUAUAGCCUCUGUUACGCGCUCGGACAUUUAUUUGAUGUUAUUUAUAUUCGCACAUGAGCAACUACGCCUGCGUUAUGGCACAUGGACUCUUCCCCCGAGAAGUUUGAACAGAAAAAACAGAGAGCUUGUCAUUUUAGACAUCAUCGAGUUUUCAAGGGUUGUUUUUCUUGCCGGAGAAGUCUAUUUUAUGUCGUUUGAAGGCGACCACUAAAGUUUGUAGUGGAGAAGGUUUUUGAAACGCGGUGUGCGCUCAGCAAGUCCCAUUUUCCAUUGGCAGGCGCGCUGAGGUUCAGCGAGCAGCGGCGCACUCUCCGAGUUUCUCCCUGAGUGUGCGAGAGACAGAAAGACAGACAGAAAGUCAGACAGAAAGAGAGGAGAGGAGCUGGAGAGCAUUUGGUGCCCCUUUUUCUGAUAAUCCACGGUGUUGUAAUGCGAAUUCCCGUAGAUCCCAGCGCCAGUCGGAGGUUCAGUCCGCCGUCCAGUAGCCUCCAGCCGGUCCCAGGGAAGAUGAACGAUGUGAGCUCUCCAGCCGGGCAGCCGGACGCAGCGGCGGCGGUGCCAAGACUGCGUCCCCACGAAAACCGCAGCAUGGCCGAGAUCAUCGCCGACCACCCGGCCGAGCUGGUCCGGACCGACAGCCCCAAUUUUCUGUGCUCGGUCCUGCCCUCCCACUGGCGGUGCAACAAGACGCUGCCUGUCGCUUUUAAGGUGGUCGCCCUGGGAGACAUACCCGACGGGACGGUUGUCACGGUAAUGGCAGGUAACGACGAGAACUACUCGGCCGAGCUGCGGAACGCCUCAGGUGUGAUGAAGAACCAAGUAGCACGAUUCAACGACCUUCGCUUCGUGGGCCGUAGUGGCAGAGGCAAGAGCUUCACACUGACAAUCACAGUAUUCACCAACCCACCACAAGUGGCCACUUACCACCGAGCCAUAAAGGUCACCGUGGACGGACCGCGUGAGCCCAGGAGGCAUCGCCAGAAGCUCGAGGAUCCUCCCAAAACUGGCCUGUUCUCGGACCGCCUCAGUGAGCUGGAGAGGAUGAGGGUGAGGGUCACGGUUCCCACUCAGGCUCCCCGACCAACUCUCAACACGGCGGCAAACUCCUUCAACCCGCAGGGACAAACUCAGAUAACAGACCCUCGUCAGUCCCAGUCCUCUCCUCCCUGGUCAUAUGAACAGACGUAUCCAUCCUACCUGAGUCCCAUGGCGUCCCCCUCAGUCCACUCCACCACCCCUCUAUCUUCCAGCCGAGGCACGGGCCUGCCUGCCAUCAGUGACGUGCCUCGACGAUUGCCAGGUUCGUCCGACCUGAGUCCGUUCCCCGGUCAGUUCGAGCGUCAGUUCCCGGGUCUCUCCUCCCUGACGGAGAGCCGCUUCUCCAGCCCUCGCAUGCACUACCCGGCCACCUUCACCUACACGCCGCCCGUCACCUCGGCCAUGUCGCUGGGCAGCGCUCACUACCACACCUACCUUCCUCCUCCGUACCCGGGCUCCACCCAGAGCCAGAGCGGCCCCUUCCAGACCAGCAGCACGCCGUAUCUCUACUACGGCGCCUCCUCCAACUCCUACCAGUUCUCCAUGGUCCCCGGCGGCGACCGCUCUCCGUCCAGGAUGAUCCCGCCUUGCACUAGCGCCUCCACCGGCACCUCCCUGGUCAACCCCAACCUGCCCAGCCAGACGGAGGGAGGCGUGGACGGAGACGGGAGCCACAGUAACUCCCCGACCGUCCUCAACCCCGGAGGUCGCAUGGAUGAAGCGGUGUGGAGGCCAUAUUGAAGAAGGAGGGAUGAGGAGUCAACUGAUGUCAUGGUUUGAAAGCACAAAACCCUUUUUUGGUAGUAAAAAAAGGGGAUUUUUGAGCUCUCAUCAGCUGUCUCUACCUUUUGCUUGGAAAUUAAGGUUGAGAUUUACAAAAAAAAAGACCAGACUUGUAUGGACUCGUCUUCCUGGAAUGUGUUUUUGACCAAAGGCACUACAAAGGGAGUCAUUCUCACAGCAAUAAUGAGAAAGACAUUUUUUUUUCCCUUCUGGUUUACUAGACCCAAGUGGAUGAGACUUUAUUUUCCGUUUUAUUCUAGUCCUCGAGCUAAGGGAUGCUUCAACACACAAUAUUUGUAAAAGACUGCCUCUUUUGUAUAGUGUUUGUAUUUCAUUACGGCUUUUUUGCAGAGCAUGUUUUUGUACUACGACAAUAUCAAGAUGCAAGUUAAGCACUGAGUAGCAAGAUAAGAGUGACACAUAUGUUACCUUAAAGUGGUGUGGACAGUAAAUUUGCUUUAAACCGAUUAAUUUAACUUGUAUAUUGUGGGUGAAACGUUGAUGUAGAUUGAGGCGUUUUUUUCUUAGUUUUAACUUAUAAAGCCAUAAAUUAUGUAUUGUAUUUGAAACUUGAGUCAAAGAAGUGUAAUCUGAAUAUUUUUGAUGCAUCUAUAUGACUAAGUUAAAAUGAUUUUUUUUGGAUAGGUAAUUUAAGAGAGUAAGAGGUUUAAUUUUUUUUUUAAAUUCUUUUGUAGCACCCAAAGAUUUAAAUCGUUUCGAGUAUGAAAUGUAAUUUCCAAAGAGUAUUGCAACAUGUUUCUUCUGGUGUAACUUUCAGUUUAACUGCUCUACACAUUAAGAGCCCAACAUCCUCGCUAGGCGUUGACACACAUUUGGCUCGGAAUUAAACCUUUGGUAUUUAUUGAGCAAUAACUCGUAUUGUGCCUCUUGGCAACAUACCGUGAAAGAGAGCUUCAAUGGGGGAAAAAUAAUUAUCCGUUGGGGGAAAUUCUGCUUGAUUUCUUUACUCUGUCUCGUCUGACAUGCACACAGAUACUCAUGUGUUUUCUAAUCCAAAUACGAAAUGGUACAUUUACACACGGAUUGACACUCAGCCCAAAGAUGAUUAGAGCGCCGCCACGCCUGGUGAUGCUCUUUACAGCAGCAGGUCAGACUUUCAGGUCCGGUUAUUUUGUGAUACAUGAACUCCUCAGGACUGGAAUGAUCCUCGGAUGAUCCCACAGAUUUGCUGUAUCUGCAUUUCUUUUUUCAUAUCCAGCCUGGCUGAAAGCUCCGUGCAGAUUAUAGCUUCAACAUGCCAAGUCUAUUAUAGCUUUCAUAUCAUGUGCAAAAGAUAGCUUUGAAAAAGUUUGUCUUAGUGUGUCACACACACACACAGGUUUGUUUUUUGUUUUUUCUCUUUCGGUCUUUGAGAUUGAAAAGGAAAAUCUCACAGUUAAAGACAGAGGAGACUGUGACAUUCCUUUAUUUAUUGUGUUGCUUUCGUUGGCUCGGUUUACCAGAUAGAUUUGUACCCUCCUCGCCGACUCAUGUCGCAACCUAAAAAUCACUCUGUGGCCGAGGAGAGUCUGAAUUUACUAUGUGAGAUUCUGAAAAGUGUUGGAGUUAAGGGAAAAAAGUGCAAAAACCGACGUGAUUGGAUUCAGCUGCUGGCAGCAAACUGGUAACCAAAAAAUAUGGGAGACUUGUGUAUGUUUGUUUCAUAGAGCACUUAUUUCUUGUUUUAUUUCUAGCAGCACUUGCGGCUGGCUGCCAGCAGGGCUCGUGGUUUUGGUCCUCAGUGCAGAUAUAACGCCACUGGAGUCAUGCACACACACACACAUACACACACAGAAUGGAUAACACUUGGCCAAACAAGCCAUUUACAUUGGAGCUGAAUCUGAUCUCACAAGGCAGUUGGUAUUUGUUUGAAAAAAGCUUUUCUUUUUUUUUGCUUUUGGUACAAUAUGAUAUUCAGUGCAUGUAGGUAAUAUAAUAACCCAAUUUGAAAAAGCUGAGAAAAACACGGCCCUGUCCAAGGAUCAGACUUCAAACUUUUCAUUGAAGGUUUGCACGCAGAGGAUGUUCUGAACUCGGUUAAUGGAAUUGAACAUGUCACACUACAUUUCCCUGACUGCUCCAGCCCAAAAAGAAAAGUAUUUUUGCUGUUACAGUGAGAAAGCAAAUAAAAACCCUUUUGAUUGUUGGGAUUUUAUAGCAUUUUGACAAUUAUAUCCAGUGUCUCCAUAGUAACUAUGCACAUCUGUUGGAAUUUAUUUAACCUUCUUUUCUUUUCAACCUUUGAACAGCAAAAACUGUUUACACACCGGCGCAGCACUGACAUCCCGUUCUGUCCUCAUCUGCUUUUGUUUGUGUUGUGUUUUUUUAUUUUUUCCUCCUCAGAAAACUCUUUUUUUGUUUCAAUGUGUUGCGUACAAACUGUCAUUAAAAACUUUGUAUUAUUUAAUGAUCAACAUGUAUGAUAUCCAGGAAUUGUACUUUACCUUUGCUCUUAUGUAAAGUUUACUUGUUAUUUCUAUUGCUAUGCUUCUUCUCAUGAACACUUGUCAGGAAACUGAGUCUGACGGAGACUCCGUUAGAUUUUGCUGGUACGUUUCAUUAAGAUCAUAAGGUGUUUUUUUUGUUUUAUUUUAUUUUAUUUUUUAAGGGACAAACAGACCUGACAACAGUGAGUGAAAUUGGCAUUGUGAUUGUACAUUUUGUUUAUUUUAAGAAUAAAAUAGGAAUUUUGUAACUUAA